AUGUUAGCAACUAUACGGCCUUCUUUAUUAUCUAGGGCGACUACAAGAGGGUUAUAUGUACCCACCAGAAGCUUCUUUGGUUCCUCGAAACCCCAAGAAUACCAACUUUCAAAAAUCUUAAAUGGGACUCCUAAUCAACUUUACAACAUCGUUAGUGAAGUAAGUCAAUAUCAACAGUUUGUCCCCUUUGUCGAGGAAUCCUACAUCUCACAACGUUGUACUAAGAACACCCCAACUAGAGCUGGAUUACAAGUUGGUUGGAAAGAUAUAACUGAACGAUUUGAAUGUGUAUUAACUUGUCAUGAAAAUAAAUCUGUACAUUCAAAAUCAAUUCAAUUAGACUUAUUUGAAGAUUUAGAAACCAAAUGGGUAUUUAAUCAUAUUGGGAAUAAUAAAUGUAAAGUUGAUUUUACUUUAACUUAUAAAUUUAAGAAUCCAAUUUAUGAUAGAAUUAGUUUUAUGUUUGCACCUCAAGUAAGUGAAAUUAUGAUUAAAGCUUUUGAAAAGAGGUUAAUUCAAAUCAAAACACAAGAAGCCAAGGAGAAAUAUUCUCUUAAGAAGGAAGAAGCACAAACAGAGAGUGCUGUUUGA